GCCCGGCGCGGCGGCCCCGCGUUCCUGGAAAGUUCUUGGAAAUGGAUCAAAGGCGUUUCCGCGAACACGCGCCCGGCCCGGCCCGGCCCGGCCCAACACGGCCCGGCCCAGCCCGGCUCGGCCCAGAUCACAUCAGAUCAGCUCGGCCCGGCCCCUCUCCUCUCUCCCCGCUCCGCUCCGAGCCCCCCAACCGCGGCCCCGGCGCUGCCAGCAGCGCGCCCGCAGCGGACGCGGCUAUUUAUACCUGCCGGGGUGGGCUGGGGUUUCUUUUUUUUUUUUUUCUUUUUUUUUUUUUUUUUUCGCGUGGCUGAUAUCGGAAGAGUGAUGUGAAUACAAUGCGAUUCCAGGAAUCCCUCACUUCCUGGAACAGAUUAAAAGGGGCAAACAAAAGAUUACUUAGUAGUUUUUUUCUUUUUUCUUUUUUUCUCAGAGCUUCAUUACUUCUGGAGUCCCUGAAAAAGCAGGUUGCUGCUCUCCCGGCUCUCCUCUCCCAUGCAUUCAGGGAGAGGCUAUUUAUUCAUACCUAUUUAUUAUUAUUUCAGAGUGCUCUGAAUAUUAUUAUUUUUUCCUAAAAGACUGCUUUGAAGGAAGAUCAGGUCCUCUCCAGGCAGACGUAGCCUCCCUUUUCUCUGGUUAUUUUUAAAACUUUGCCGUUGCUGGUUGCUGGAAAGCGGCACGAGAACGCGCUCUUUUCCACCGCCCCGCCGAGUCCCCCGCCAGCCCGACGCGGGGCUGAAGCAGGGCCGGGACGCGCCGGCUGCCUCCUCCUGGGAAGCCCGGACCCGAGGCUGGAACGAGCUUGGUCCAUCUGGGAAGCAAAGCACAAGGAGCCAAGGAGGACGAGAAGGAAGAGGAGAAAGCAUUUGCCACCUUCCUGAAGACUUAAUGCUUUUCCCUUGGUCCAGGAGUGACAUGAUCCUCUGUGUUCAGGGACCUCAUCCUUUGCUGGCAGAGGAGAAGAUCAGGCGACUGUCACUCAGGGGCAUUGCGGUGGAUCUGCCGGAGCAGAUCAUGCAGCCGCUCCCAGUUACGGCCUUCCAGGAGGAGUCUGCGCCUGCCUUUGCAGCACCGGUUCCAGACAACAACCCACCUCAGACGCGAGACCCUGAAGAAGACCUUCUCUGCAUUGCGAAAACCUUCUCCUAUCUGCGAGAAUCUGGUUGGUACUGGGGAUCCAUCACAGCCAGUGAGGCCAAGCAGCAUCUCCAAAAGAUGCCGGAGGGCACCUUCCUGGUGCGGGACAGCACCCACCCCAGCUACCUGUUCACACUCUCUGUCAAGACCAAUCGAGGUCCCACCAACGUGCGCAUCGAGUACACUGACGGCAAGUUCCGGCUGGACUCAAACUACUUGUCCAAACCUCGUAUCCUGGCCUUCCCAGACGUGGUCAGUCUUAUCCAGCAUUACGUCAUGUCCUGCACAACGGAAAGCAAGACCGAGGCUCCGUACCCGCCUCCGUCUCCUCUACCUCCCAUGCAGAAAGAGAUGGCAGCAGCAGCAGUACACUUGAAACUCAUCCGGCCGCUGGGCCGCAAAGACAACAUCCCCAGCCUGCAGCACCUGUGCCGGCUACGGAUUAACAAGUCCACGGCCGCAGUGGACCAGCUCCCCCUGCCCAGGCGGAUGGGGGACUAUUUGAAGCAAUACCCUUUCCAGCUCUGAAGCAUGGCCGCUGCGUCUCAGGCACGACAGACAGGAACAGAAAUGAGAGAACUCUGACGUGUCCUUGUCCCGCUACCGCGCGGCAUCGACUGGGCACGGCAAAGAGCUGAUGAUCAGCAGAGACUGCAUCCAUCUUUCCUCUCCCCUUCUCUCUACAUCCAUUCCAGCACCAGGGAGGAGUUGGUUGUUUCAGUGAACAAUGGGACACAAUCCAAGCUCUGAACCUCCGGCCGCGCCGACAGCGGCUGUGAGAAAGUGCUGUAGGCAUGUGCACACUACUUGAAUUUCAGAGUUGCUGUGACCCCAGAGAUGUUAACCUUGUUAUUUUCGCUAUUUAUUUCCAUGGCAGUUUCUCUCCUCAUGGUAUUUUAAAAGCACCUUUUACUUUAUUGUUUGUUUUGUUUUGUUUUGUUUCUUUUUCUUUUGUGGAAUUAGAGAUAGAUUAAAGGCUCCCAGACAACUGGCAGCCAAAAAUCUGUGGGAAUUUGGAUUUGGAUUUACAUCCAAACAGUACGUGUUUGAGCCUGCCUUGUAACAGGUCACCGGAGACCACAUCCAAGCUCCCGCAGACUUGUCGGCUAUGCGGGAUUGAGAUGAUUGCGUCUAGACCCACCUCUACAUUGUAAAAAAGAAUUUCUUUCUUUCUUAGCUACAGGGGGCUGGGUAUUGUAACCUCAAAGCACAUCAGUAGCAGCUUGUGUACCUCCAAAACAUGCACGCUGGGUCACAGUCUGGGGAGGGGAGGCUUCUUGGAGGAAGCCUUUCUUCCUUGAGGACUCGAAGCAGAGAUUCUGGGUGCUGAGCUUGGGCCAGGGAGCACUCAUCCCAUUUUUCCAUCCUCUCCCUCUCAAGAGGAAGUUUAUGACAAAACAUUUAGAAACAAGUAAUCAGAAAGCCAACUUUCUUAUUUGCAGGCAGAAGGAUUUGGUUUCAGAGCACUCUGCAUUUGGCUCGUGUCCCUGAUACUGCCCUUGCCUCGCGAGACACGGGGCAGGAACAGCGUCUCCUUGACCAGGGGUUCAGAGACAGCUCUGCUGAGCUGCACCGGUGACACACAGCUUCAGGAUAUUUAUUUAUUUAUUUCAGGGGGGAGAACAAGUUACACGCACCUCAGCAGAAAGAGCUGUCCUUCCUCUCUGCGAACACAAUGCCAGACUGCCAGUUGCUCUGCUUCUGCCAGCAUUAUUCACAAGCCAUGUGGCUUCAAUCAGAGCAAUGUUCUAGCACACACUGGAAACCACAAUUUAACUUCUCUCUCUGCCAAGGUCCAGACCUCUCUUCUCCCUUUCUCAGACUUGCAUGUUUGUUAUCUUUAAACAGAUUUUUUUGCUCUGGGUUUAAUUCUCAUACCCCAUCCUUUUCACACCCCUGCAAAUGAAGCACAAUGGCUCUCCCUUGCUCUUUUAUGGAUGGGAGGGACAAAGAGCAGAUGGGACCUGCCCCAAAACAAGCACAGAGAGGUUGCCCCUUCUCCUUCACCUGCACGAUCCUAUUACCUCCCCAGCCUGCAGGAGCCAGUCCAUGCCACUGAGAGCAGAGAGGGGAACAGACAAGGCUAGAGAAAUUACCUUUUGGCUUAUUUUGCUCCCAAGACCCCAUGCCUUUGUGAGGCACGAACUGAUUUAAGGAUUCCUCGUUCAUCCCUCUGUGGGAGUCUCUCUCUAAGGCUCUGUAACUCAGAGGAGACAAAUCCCAGCUGUACCUGAGGGCUGAGAGAGGAGGUGAGGAAGGAUGGGACAGUGACCCAGUGGACCAGCUCAAACGGUGGGUGGAGUUCCUUCCACCCUAAGUCAAAGCUGCACAAAGGAACAAGAUGGCCUGAUGUGCUUAGUCAGUGUCCUUUUUCCACCCCCUUUCCCCCCCAUUUAUACAAGUUUGUGCUCUUGAAAGCUUUGUUUUUGAUACUUCGAUGAUUGACAGCGUGUGAUGUCAGGUUUGCUUUUUAUUGUAUCCUUCCCCCCUUGCCCCAUAUGGCAGCAACCCUGAGAAGGCACUGAAUGAGAACUUAAAAGGCAAAACAAAACAUUUUUAAAAAUAAUAUAUAUAACAUAAACCACUGAAAAGGCUUCCUUUUAUCCAAACACCUCUAUCUGCCUGAGGACACUGGGAACAAGGAAACCACCGCUCUUCAAGGAGCAGCAGUGAUCUCAGGAAGCCCGCAUGGCUUGGCCACAGCCUUGGUAUCUGCAGCAUGUUAAAGCUCACUUUGAGAAUUGUACAGCAGGAAAGGGCAAGUAGUUCAGCUCUAUCAAACUUCCCUCCUACUUGAUCUUUCCUCUGCUGGGGGUAAUGAGGAAAUCAAGCUUGCAGGUUUGACCUUGUUGCCCCAGGAGAGUCCAGCCAGGACGGCAGAAGCACGUAAGGAGAAUAAAUGCCUGGUUAAUCCAGCAGCAGGACAGUGCAGGGGCUAAGCUGAAGGCUGUAAGCUCAUCUGGGCAGGGACCACCUCUGUUGUCUGUUUGUACCGCAUCUAGCACAAUAGGGUUCUCUAGGUGCUACUGCAAUACAAAGAAUAAACAAUACAGUUACUCCAAAAAGGCAGUUUCUUCUAUCUUGAGACAGUUUGUUAAAAAUCAUUUGACUUGGAUUUUAAAUAAACAUUUUAAAUAUAUUUUAAAGCCAA